AUGGUCUCUAAGCUGAGUCAUCUUCAGGUGGAGCUGCUGGGAGCACUGCUGGAGUCAGGGCUAACCAAGGAGACCCUGAUCAAAGCGCUCGGGGAAGUGGACCCCUAUGCCCUCCAGAGUGAAAGCCAGCGUGCCAUCAGUGCCAUCCAGGCAGAAAAAGGGGAACCCUGUGCUGAAAUUCCCAAUCUGCCCAAUGGGAUGGAAGAAUCCAGGAUGUCCGAGGAGGAAACCUCCGACGAUGGGGAGGAAUUCACCCCUCCAAUAAUGAAGGAGCUGGAAAACCUGAGUCCAGAGGAGGCUGCUCACCAGAAGGCUGUGGUGGAGAGACUAUUACAAGAGGAUCCCUGGAGAGUAGCAAAGAUGGUAAAAUCCUACCUCCAGCAGCACAACAUCCCUCAAAGGGAGGUGGUGGACACUACAGGUUUAAAUCAGUCUCACCUCUCACAGCACCUCAACAAAGGCACACCCAUGAAAACCCAGAAGAGAGCUGCCCUCUACACCUGGUACGUCCGCAAGCAGCGAGAGGUGGCCCAGCAGUUCACACAUGCUGGUCAGGGACUCGUGGCAGAGGAGCCCAUGGGAGACGACCUGCCCACCAAGAAAGGGAGAAGAAACCGCUUUAAGUGGGGUCCUGCCUCACAACAGAUCCUAUUCCAAGCUUACGAGAGACAGAAGAACCCGAGCAAGGAGGAGAGAGAGGCAUUGGUGGAGGAGUGCAACAGGGCAGAGUGCAUUCAGCGUGGCGUCUCCCCAUCCCAGGCCCAAGGUCUGGGCUCAAACCUGGUCACCGAGGUGAGAGUUUAUAACUGGUUCGCCAACCGUAGGAAGGAGGAGGCCUUUCGGCACAAGCUAGCCAUGGAUACCUACAGUGGGCCGCAGCCCAGCUCUGCUCCCCCACUGACCUCUCACAACUCUUCCUCCCUUCAGCCAACGCCUGCUAUCUCGCCAAGCAAAGUACAUGAUCAGCCUCAUCUGUGGGAACCAAGUCUCUCCUUUUCUGACAUAGGAAUGAGGUACAAUCAGCAGCCAGCCAAUGAGGCCGAGUCUUCCAGCAGCAAUCAUCAUGGGAACAGCUCCAUGGUGACCACCCAAACCAUCCUCCAUCAGGUCUCUCCCCCUGGACUGGAGCCAAGCCAGAACCUAUUGACCACAGACACUAAGCUGAUCUCUGCUCACGGGGGACCUCUCCCUCCUGUCAGCACCCUGACCGCUUUGCACAGCCUAGAGCAAAAUCCACACACAUUGAGCCAGCAAACCCAGAAUCUAAUCAUGGCUUCACUGCCUGGUGUUAUGGCAAUUGGAGCUGGUGAGACCUCAUCCCUGGCACCAGCAUUCACCAACACAGGGGCCUCCACCCUGGUAAUAGGCCUAGCCUCCACCCAAGCUCAGAGUGUUCCUGUGAUAAACAGCAUGGGAAGCAGCCUUACUACCCUUCAGCCUGUCCAGUUCUCCCAGCAGCUCCACCCAUCUUACCAGCAGCCCAUCAUGCAGCAGGUCCAGAGCCACAUCAAUCAGAGCCCCUUCAUGGCCACCAUGGCCCAGAUACAGAGCCCCCAUGCUCUCUACAGCCACAAGUCUGAAGUGGCCCAAUAUGGACACACUGGCCUUUUACCCCAGACCAUGGUGAUAACUGAUACAGCAAAUCUCAGUGCCCUGACUAACCUGACACCAACCAAACAGGUGUUUACAUCUGAAUCAGAGACCCAUACGGAGUCCGGGAUCCACACGUCAGUGUCACAGACACCAACAAUACAUUUACAGAACCAAGACACAACCAUUCAGCACCUUCAGCCAGGCCAUCGCCUCACCCCAAGCCCAGCUGUCUCCUCUAGCAGCCUGGUGCUCUACCACAGCUCUGACUCCACCAACAGCCACAGCCACUUGCUGCCAUCUACUCACAGCGUUAUUGAGACCUUCAUCCCCACACAGAUGGCAUCCUCCACUCAGUAA